CCUUGCGAACCUCACUUAAAACGUGGCAGACAUGGUGAAGGGAGGGGAAAGGCCCGCCAACCGCUCCUGUUCAGGCCUCAGUAGGUCCAUAUUAUUUAUUCGCACAAAAAAACGGCCUUCUAACAGAUGACUGAGGCUUUUGUGUCACGGGCUCUCAUAGUAAAAGUUGUGAAGUUGAAUCUCAGGAGCCGUUCCUCAUAGGACAGAUUUUUAAGUUUAUGCGGUAAUCUGGUUAUUCUCCUUUAUUGAACUCUCUCUAUCUGUUCUAUGUCUUUAAUGUAGUAUGGAUUCCAGAUCGUUUGGGCAUAUUCAAGUUUUUGGUCUUACAUACGACUUGUAAAGUUUCAAGAUCAUUUCCUUUGAUAAGUCUUUAAAGGCUGUCUGAAUAAGGUAGAUCAUUGAAAUAGCCUUUUUGGACAUUUGUGUGAUAUGUGUAUCCCAUUUCAGGUCAUAUGUUAAAGUGACUCCUAAGUCUCGUUGUUUUGUUACUGGUGUUAUUUCCGUUUGUUUAAAAAAAUAGCUGAAAUUGCGAUUGUUUUGACCAAUAUGAAGGACAGUGCAUUUGUAAUCAUUCAGAGGCAUCCCCCACUUAUGUGUCCAAGCUUUAAUAUUGUUAAGGUCCAUUUGUAAUUCAACCUGAUGUAGAAGCGGAUUUGUGUACCUAUAGGUUUCCAUCAUCAGCAAAUGUUGCAUUAUUCGUGUGAAGCCCUUGAUAGAGAUCACUUAUCUAAGUUAUAAACAGCAGCGGGCCAAGGACUGACCCCUGAGGAACACCGCUGUGUACUUUGUAAAUGAGGAAUCCACACACGUACUUGGAAGGUACGUACAGUGAGAAAGCCUUCCAACAACCUCAGAAGUUUACCUCUAACUCCAAAAUGUUCCAAUUUAUAAAGCAAAAAUUCUGUUGGCACCUUGUCGAAUGCUUUUUCAAAAUCAAAGUAAAUGACAUCAAUUGGUUCACGGUUGUCAUCAGCCAGGGUCCACUCAUUUAGUCUGGUUAGCAGGUUUGUUAAUGUUGAUUUUCCUGGGAGAAAGCCAUGUUGUUCAGCAGGUAAAACAUUUUCAAGUAGAAAAUCAGUAAGUUCUUUGGCUACUAUUUUUUCCUAGUGCACUUGUUAGACUGUCUAUAAUUUUCUGCAUGCUGUUUGUUUCCUUUCUUGUAUAUUGGUGUUACCACAGCCCUCUUCCAGGCUAAAGGGAAAUCUCCUGUGCUCAUUACGGUGUUAAGCAAGUGAGACAAAGGCUCUUUCAGCACCUGUACACAGUUCUUGAGCAAAACUGGUGUGAUCUCAUCAGGUUUAUUUAAAUUCUAGAAUGCUCCAGAACUUUUCAAAGAUUGAAAAUUACAAUAUGAGUACCCAAUAUGUAAUUAUAAGGAAAUAUUAGCAAGUAAAUAUUUCUCUUUCAAUUCAAAUUCUUGAAUUUUCAUAAUUUAUCCUAUUCCAGGCUCUUGAUUUUCAAUUCUUUCUCAUUUUUCCUUGAUUUCUCUCUACUUCUCAUUUCUUUAGUGUUAAUUUUUCUACCAUUUCAAGUUUUUGAAUUUCGGUUUUAUUUUUAAAAAAUCCUACUACCUAUAUUGUGCGUAAAGUAUUCAUUCAAAUUUCUUAUCAGUUGUGCCGGUUCCUAAUUUAUCCCACAAUAUAACAACAAAAUGCAUUACUUAAUCAGUAGCUGAAUAUUUGUUUUUAAAUAAAAUCCACUUAUAAAAAUAAUUGCCAUUAGAUAAGAAUUAUUUUUAAACAAAUCAUAUAUAUAAUAAUAUGGAAGCUGCAUUAGGUCCUAUAUUGUCUUGUAUAAAGACAAUAAAAUCCAAUAUUUUGCACAUUGCAGCAAAAUCUCCAUUAUCAGCCCUAGCAGUGGUCAUUGUAAUUAGUACCCUUGUCUUGCCUCUAAUUACUGUGGCAGUACUAAUGCCUGUGGUAACUCUAUUUCGUUUAGGAGAAUAUUUAGGAGCAAAAGGAAUUUUAUCAAUUAUUUAUACAACAUUGUUCCAAAUUACUUUUUUAAUAGCAGUUUUACUGGUACCUACUACUUAUUGUUACCUUUGCAUUGGGCGCAGCUGGAAAUAUAAUGCAUUACAAUUUCUUUAAAACUACAAAUAAAGAAACAAUAAGUUGUAAUUUGGAUUAUAUGUAUCAGAAUAAUGUAUUUAUAGAAAAAUAAUAAAAUUUUUCAUUUGUCUAAAAUCAACUCCCAAAUUUGCUUGGUGAUUUCUUCCAUGGACAACUUUUCUGGGUCGUAUCUUAUAGGCUUUGGAACAUCUCUUAAAAUUACUGAAUAGAAUAAUUAAGGAAUCAUCUAUGAAGCUAUUAUCUAUUCACAAUCCGAUGUCCAAAGGUACAGGUAAAAUUUAUUAUCUUUCAUUGCUAUUUGUUAGGGAAAGGUGAUAAAUUUACCUGUACCUUUGGGUCCUUUGGACUACGGAUUGUGAAUAGGACAUAGUUUUGUUUAAAUAAUAUAAAAAAGGAUACAUCCAGUGACCUUUUUUGAAGAAAAAACUAAAUCGACUUUUGUUAGAACCUUGUAGGUCAAAAUCUCUUGCCUAAAAUCAAAUAUUCACUGUCAAAUUUGAAAUAGUGCUGUAAUAAGUUACCUUAGUUUGAUUAACUUUUCUUUCUCCUUGACCACAGAUUGUAGUUUUCCCUUAAAACUGGCUACAGAUUGUUCCAGCUCUUUGGCUUCAGCUUCCUUUUUAACUUCCAACCUUUCCAACUUCUCUAUAGAAGUUUUUAGGUUCUCAGUGUGCAUAGUAGAUUCAGUCGUGUCUUUUUCAAACUGUUCGUGCUUUUGGUUUUCUUGGACAAUUCGUUCCAGUAAUUGUUGCUGUAAAACUAAAAUUUUACAAACUACAAGCAGCUCAAAUUCAUGUUACUUACUUCUUGAUUUUUCAAUUUCUUCUAGAAAAUGGAAGUAUUGGCUUUCGUAGGGUUGGGAUUCCAGAAUUUCAUUUUUAUAGUGGUUUUCAACGUUUUCUACCAAAGCGGAACUGUAUUUUAAGCUGCUUUGGUUUUCUUGGGUAUACGUACUCACGUAAUCCGUUACGUUUUGUCCAGAGAACAUGAUUUUAAUGGAAAUAAAUUAGGAAAUUUUGCUUGUACACAUAGGAACACAAGAAAUGUUCGUUACAAAAUUUCAAAUUUCGUUUGGCAGAUGUCAACAAAACAUCACUGUCAAUACACUGUUGCAGUUUAG